AUGGAUGAUGAUGACGACGUUGAUUAUGACUAUGACGAUGACGAUGACGAUGACAAUGACGAUUACGAUGUCGAUGUCGAUGACGGUGACAAUGACGAUGACGAUAACGUUGUUGAUGACAAUGAUGACGAUAUUGAUGACAACGAUGAUGACGAUGACGAUGUCGAUGUCGAUGAUAAUGAUAUUGACGAAGUUGAUGAUGACGAUGACGAUGGAAAUGAUGAUGACGAUGACGAUAAUGAGGACAUUGAAAAUGAAGAUGACGAUGACGAUAUUAAUGAUUACGAUGAAAAUGACGAUGUAAAUGACGGUCACGAUAACGAUGAUGAUGUCGACGAUUAUGACGACGUAGACCAUGACGAUGACGGUGACGUUGAUGAUCGCGACGACGAUGAUGAUGACGAUUCUGACGACAUAGACGAUGACGAUGAUGGUGACGAUGAUGUGACGACGAUGAUGAUGACGAUGAUGACAAUUAUUCUGAUGACGAUUGAUGACGAUGAUAACGAUGACGAUGACGAUGACGACGGCGAUGACGAUGACGACGACGAUGACAUUGUCGAUGACGGUGAUGAUGAUGAUUACGAUGACAAUGACGAUGUCAAUGACGGUCACGAUAACGAUGAUGAUGAUGACGAUUAUGACGACGUAGACCAUGACGAUGACGGUGACGAUGAUGAUCACGACGACGAUAAUGAUGACAAUUAUGACGACGUACACCAUGACGAAGUCGAUAACGAUGAUGAUGAUGAUUACGAUGACAAUGACGAUGUCAAUGACGGUCACGAUAACGAUGAUGAAAAUGACGAUUAUGACGACGUAGACCAUGACGAUGACGGUGACGAUGAUGAUCGCGACGACGAUGAAGAUGACGAUUAUGACGACAUAGACCAUGACGAUGACGAUGACCACGAAGAUAAUGAUAACGUUGUUAAUGACAAUGAUAAUGAUGUUGGUGACGAUGGUGACGACGUUGACCAACACUAUGACGAUGACGGUGACGAUGACGAUGAUGAUGACGAUUACCAUGAUGAUGAUGAAAUACAUGACAUUGACGAUGACAAUAACGUUGUAAAUGGCAACGAUGAUGAUGUUGGUGACGAUGAUAACGACGUUGACUAUGACUAUGACUAUGAAAAUGACGAUGACGAUGACGGAGACGAUAAUGGUGACGAUGAUGAUGAUUAUUCUGAUGAUGAUGUUGACGACGACAAUGACGACGACUAUGGCGAUGUCGUUGACGAUGAAGAUGUCGAUGACGAUGGCAAUGACGAUGACGAUAACGAUGAUGAUAAGAUGACGAUGACGACGAUGAUUAUGAAAAUGACGAUGACGAUUACGAUGACGAUGAUAUUUAUGAAGUAUCGUUAUCAUGACGAUGGCGAAAAUGUUGUUGAUGAUAAUGAUGAUGAUAUUGAUUACGACGACGAUGACGGUGACAAUGACGAUGACGAUGACAAUGACGAUGACGAUAACGUUGUUGAUGACGUUGACGUUGACGAUGACGUUGUUGAUUACGAUGUCGAUGUCGAUGACGAUGACAAUGACGAUGACGAUAACGUUGUUGAUGACAAUGAUGAUGAUAUUGAUGACGAUGAUGAUGAAGAUGACGAAGACGAUGAUGUUGAUGAUGUAUCGUCAUCAUGA